CUUGGUUGAUACUAUAAAUUCAAAGCUCCCAUGAACAUCCAUUAAACUGCACAUCAAACCAGUAGGGAAAAAAAAAAAACAGAGAUAAUAAAAUUUGAGAUGAGGCCUGCAAGCAACUCCACAGCAGCAGUUACCGGGGCCGAAUUCCGGCACUGGAACUCUCCCAUUCCUUACCUCUUUGGUGGUAUAGCAGUCAUGCUAGGACUCAUUGCUGUGGCAUUAGUUUUUCUAGCUUGUUCAUGCAAAAAAUCUCCACCCAAUUCCUCUGGUGAAGCUGAAGGAAAGCCUGCCAAGCAAGUGAUCAUGCAACUAGAAAUGGAGCCAAAGAUUGUUGUGAUCAUGGCUGGUGAUGAAAUUCCUACGUACCUGGCCAAUCCUGUCUCUUCCACUCACAAUACUGAACAAGUUUGAGAGCUUCAAAGAUUAGGCUUUAAGCAGCUAAACUUUCCAGCAAUCUUUUAUAUAUAUCUUUCUUAAUCAUUUUUUUUCCAUAUAUCUUUCUUUUGUUUUCCUUUUGUACAGUCCAAAGUAAUUGCAGUAUUGCGGGAAUAUAUGUAAAUGUUGAGUAUAUGAAAGAUCAC